UACACUCUGUCUGUGUAUCAUGCCGACGUUACCUAGCUUUCUAGCGGUUAGCUAGCAGCUAAUGUUAAUGCUGGCGAUUUCCGCCAGUUUUCCUAUAAUAUUAUCUAAGCAAGUCGUCCAGUACUAUACAAAGCGUAUCUGCAUUUGGCUAUUCCGCUGUUAACGAGUGCUUCACUGUGUGUGAGACGAUGAAUGGAAACCCUCCUUCUGCUGUGUGGAGAUGACCUGCCACCCUUUUGGGAAUGGUCAGAAUGGGGCCAGAUGUGCCCCUUCUUAAUGAGUACAAGCAGGAGUUCUUCUGGAAGCGCUUCCCCCAAACAGUGUUAGGGGGUCCACGCUUCAAGUUGGGCUACUGCGCCCCACCAUAUGUAUACGUCAAUCAGGUAGUCUUGUUCUUGACACCAUGGCUUUUUGGGGGCAUCGGUACUCUGCUCUGCCAGCUGCAGCUGCUUCAGGAGCUCCAUGGCGCAGUGCUCUCUGGUAUGCUCAUGUUCGGGGCUGCAGCGGGUGUCCAGGCCCUGGCGCUUUAUGCUGCUCGAAGGAGUGGCACAGUGGAGAGACUUGGUGCACCCAACAUCCUGGUUGAUGAAGAAGAGGUGGAAUUUACCCACUGCGUCAGCCCAGAGACAGUUCGGUUCAUUGCUCCUGGGAAGCGUUUUGGAAUGAAUGUGGUGCUGCAUACAGUGCUAGCUGGGGUGCUGUGUGGCUUUGGGACAUGGUAUGUGUUCCUCGGCAGACUGACUGCUCUCUAUGGCAGCAUUGGUGUAUCCCUGGUAGUCUUUGUCAUGAGCUGGGUGACACUAUGUAUAGCUGAGUAUUCACUCAUUGUAAAUACGGCUACAGAGACAGCCACUUUUCAGGCACAGGACAUAUAUGAGAUCACCCCACUCACCCGUCCCCUCUACAUUUUUAUUUUCAUCGCUGUGGACUUGGCUGAUCGGUUCUCAGACCCUGUCCCUGAGCUCCAACUGGCCAGCCAGAUUCUCCACGUGCUGUUCCUCUUCCUACCUCUGCUGUGGGCGCUGGGUAUUCUCCCUCCCCUGGAUGCCCUGAUCCUCUGGGGCAUGGAGCAGGCUCUUGUGUUUGGCUUAGGAGGCUCGCCCAUGUCUAGCAACCUCAGGCUGCUGUUGAUGUUUGGUGUAUCCGCCGGUGUAGCUGUGUGUAAUUACUUCAUCCCGUCAACUCUGGGUGUCGUUCUCUUCUCCAUCUCUACGGGGUUUCUGCUGAGUCUGGAUCUCAGCCAGGUCGCUACACUCUGCAGGGGUUCCAGGGCAGGCUUCAGGGACCCUGGGUUGCGCAGAGGAGGGUCACCACCUCCUCUUCGCAGUUCCUUUGGCUGGAAUCUGGGCUGCAGGGAGCUACUGCUAUAUUUGAGCCUGCUUCUGGUGGCGAUGGCAGAGGCAGGGCUGUUGCAUCACUUCCUUGGUUCAGCUCAGUCCCAGAGCUUUGUUACAGGACCCCAGGCUCCUGUCAGCUACCUCCUCCUUGUACUCUUUUGCCUCUGCUGGGCUCUAAGAGAGAUCCAGGGGGCCUAUGUAUUUGGAGGGGUAUUCCUCAAUCCCCUAUACCCUAAAGGCAUGUCCAGUGUGCAAACGUUCAAGCAAAAGAACAGAGGGUUGUACAUCGCUGCUGCAAUCAGAAGAGUCCUUCUUUAUCUUGUGUCUCCAUUUGCAAUGAUUGCUUUCCUGUCGAUGGACACAUCUCUUCAGCUGCUUCACAGGGUUUCCCUCAGUGUGGGAUUCACACGAGCCUUUAGAGUGGUGUGGCAGAGCUCAGAGGAUGCUCUGCUGCAAAUGGUGGUGGUGGUUUUGGUGCGGCUUGCAGCUGGAAACAACCUACUUCCAGGGUGGGACAGCCUGGGAACUGGAGUUCAGCUACUCUUGGUGGGGCUCCUGUUUGACAGACUCACCCAGUUCCUGGCCAAGCUGAAGUUCACCCUAACAGUGUUGGUGACAUCCUGGACAGAGAAGAAGCAGCGCCGUCAGUCGGCUGGAACUCUCCUGGCUCUGAAUGCCUCCCUUUGCCCGCUGUUGCUGGCGGUGGUGACUCUCUCUGCCCUGCUCUCUGCCCCUUUGCUGCCCCUUUUCACACUGCCCAUCUUCCUUGUGGGGUUUCCCAGGCCUCAGCGAAGUUGGCCAGGACCUGUGGGCACUGCCUGUCCCUGCCCAGACUCAAUCUUCUACCAGCAAAUGAGUGGAAGUCUGGCUUCUGCACUGAGGACGGCCUUUGCAAGAGGGUCACUGGGUUCUUUAGCCCCAGGCUCUCAUUUUCUUGGCCGCUUUCAGGACCGUAUGGUAUGGAUAAUGAUCCUGGAGAGAGGAUAUGGCUACUGCACAGUCAACAUUAAGGGCCUGGAGCUGCAGGAGACAUCUUGCCACACAGUGGAGGCACGGAGAGUGGAUGAGGUGUUCGAAGCUGCUUUUGAACGCCCUGAGAGGCUCGGCUUCACCCAGGGUUUUAACCUGCACUGGGGAAAUGCCCUCACCCCUUGUGCAGCACUCGCGGUGAGAGUCUACUCUGAUGCCCGAAAUGUGCUCUCUGGUAUUAUUGACUCACACGACAACUUGAGGAAACUCCAGGAUGACUUCAUGAAAGCACUGAUCUGGUUGCUUCUCCGCUACUGUGUGCAGAAGCAUAAAGGAUUUCUGUGGAGCAACGAUGAAGGGUCAGGGGUUGGUGGCAUGAAGUCCCAGUCUUCACAGUUAGCCCAGACUACUUGUAAUCAACCACCUGAGGCUGUCGUGGUGGAAUCCAAUGUGUCUUCUCUCAGGUUCAGACAGGACAGCUCCAGUUUGACCUCUUUUGGUGAUUGGUCAGAUGAGGAUGACUUAUUUGGACCUCAGCCAGCCAGACGAACAGUAGCAUUAGUGACUGCAGAAGCCCAGUCUGGACACACAGCCCUGCAGACCGGGGCCUCUCUGCCGGGCUCUGUGGAGAUGGAUAGUCUUUUUGAAAACAUGGCCCUCUCUGCCCUUCAACCACUGCAGCCUCUGGGACUGGGCAUCGGGAUGCCAGCUGUGGAUAAAGGCCGUAGCGCAGAGUUUCUCAGAGAGAGCCCUGGUUCGCUCCUUCAUCUGAACUUCAGCUGCCCCCAGUCGGAGGUUUUCAACCUCCCGACAGGGUGGAGGACAGCACCAUUACUACCAUCCCGCCUGAUGUCGCUCAGGCCUUUAUUUCCUGAGGACUGGUUUCGAUUUACCUUGGGCCGGUUUGGGCCUGUUGUGCAGGGCGAUACCUCAGAGGACAUGACCAAAGCCUUGAAGGAGGAUGAAGCCUUGAAAGAACUGCAUGUUCAGGUUGCACUUUCAUGUCUCAUCUCACUGGGGGCAGAGUCUGCUUUCACCAGUCCUAGUUAUGUCUACAGGCUCUACUGUGGGGACGUACCGUGGACAGAAGGACUCGACUGGCUGUCAUCAAGGAAAGAACUUUACCAGCUCGCACUUCGGGCUUUCAGGUUCAGUUUCAAGCUGUUGUUUGAUCAAGCAAGCCUGGGGCCUAUGGAGUCCUCUGAGGAAUUGUUCAGCACUUUGGAGGAAUAUGAAAAGGACUGGUUCAUCGGCCUGGUGACGGAAAAAGGAUGGCAUGACAGCGUCCUUCAGGAGAAACCCUUUCUCUUCUCUUUAGGACAUGACCUCACUAUGGGUACCUACACAGGGCGAGUCCUAUCCCUGCAGGAGCAGCUGGUACAGGUGGGCCGUCUGAAUGGAGAGGGGGUGCGAGGCCAGUGGGCUAACCUCUCCUGGGAGCUGCUGUACGCUACCAAUGACGACGAGGAGCGGUACAGCAUCCAGGCUCACCCCUUCAUGCUAAGAAACCUAACUGUUCAGGCAGCCGCCCCUCUCGGAUACCCCAUUUAUUCAUCUGCCCCCCUUCAUUUCCCCAGCCUCUGACCUGUGGCUCCACCUGCCCUUUUUACACACAUAUGGGGAAGAAAGGCAGCGUUUCAGUCGGUACUAUCACAGCAAAAUGUCAGUUUGCAGAGUGUUUUCGAAAACUAAUGCAGAAACUACAGAAAAUCAAGAGGGAAAAUU